AUGACACAAACAGAACCAAUCGCCAUCAUCGGCACAGGCUGCCGAUUCCCAGGAUCGGCCUCCUCGCCCUCUCGACUCUGGGAACUACUGGAGAAUCCGCGCGAUGUCGCCUCUAAGCCCCCUCCUGACCGCUUCAAUUCAGACGCCUUCUACCAAGCUGGCAAGGCCCGGCCCGGCAUGAUGGUUGCUCCCGAGGCCUACUUUCUCCAGGAGGAUAUUCGGGCAUUUGAUGCCCCUUUUUUCAAGGUCUCGCCCGCGGAGGCCGCGUCAAUGGAUCCUCAGCAACGAUUGCUCAUGGAAGUAGUAUACGAAGCUCUCGAAAGGUCCGGGCUUCCGCUGCAGCACUUGCAGGGUUCAUAUACGGGAGUUUACUGUGGCUCCAUGAGCAACGACUACCAAUCCCUGAUCAACGCAGACCUAAAUAUGCUACGCCCUUUUUCAGUCACUGGUACAACAGCCUCGAUCCUUGCCAAUAGAAUCUCUUACUUUUUCGAUUGGCAUGGACCCUCAUUUGUUCUGGAUACGGCCUGCUCCUCGAGCUUAGUAGCACUCCACCUGGCGGCGGAGGCAUUACGCAAUGGGGACUGCUCACUCGCUGUUGUCGUGGGUAGCAACCUGAUUCUAUCCCCAGAUCCCUUUAUUGGGGAGUCCCAGAUGCAUAUGAUGUCACCUACAGGGCGCUGUCAUAUGUGGGAUGCCCAGGGCGAUGGCUAUGCCCGAGGCGAAGGGGUGGCCGCGCUCGUAUUGAAGCGUCUCCAGGAUGCAGUUGCUGAUGCUGAUCCCAUUGAAUGUGUCAUUCGCUCUACUGGUGUAAAUUCGGACGGUCAUACCGAAGCACUGACCUUGCCUAAUGGUGAGGCACAGCGGGAGCUUAUUCGCUCAACAUAUGCGCGCGCUGGUCUCAAUCCCCUUCGCCGAGAAGACCGUUGCCAAUUUUUCGAAGCCCAUGGGACAGGAACACAAGCGGGUGAUCCUCAAGAGGCAUUUGGUAUUUCCUCUGCGUUUUUCGACGAUGGCUCCAAUCCCGAUGAUGUCAUCUACGUGGGCUCCAUUAAAAGCGUCACAGGCCAUGCAGAAGGCACGGCAGGAAUUGCUGGGGUUCUCAAAGCAUCACUAGCCAUCCAGCAUGGUGUCAUACCACCCAACCUGCCGUUUAACAGACUCAACCCCCUAGUGGCUCCAUAUACCUCCCAUCUCCAAUUCCCGACUCAAGCUCUUCCCUGGCCAGACCUUCCAUCCGGGUCUCCACGACGGGUGUCGGUCAACUCAUUUGGAUUUGGGGGCACCAAUGCGCACGUCGUUCUGGAGAGCUUUGACAGACCUCCAUCAUCUUCAUCAGACUGUGAGCCUGUAACACCAACAAUUCUUCCGUUUGUAUUCUCAGCAGCAUCUGAAAUCUCGCUCACUGCGGUCCUACGAAAUUAUGUCAGUUAUUUGGAGGAGCGCCCUACAGUAAACCUACUGGAACUAGCCGCUUCCCUUCUAAAGAAACGAUCCACCUUGAGUCACCGCUUAAUUCUUACUGCGGGCACAAUUGAAAGCCUGCGGGGAAUAUUGGGUGUUUUCACGGGUCAAGGCGCACAAUGGCCACAGAUGGGCUUAGAUGUUAUCUCUCAAUGCCCACAGUCUCAGAUUUGGAUGGAAGAGAUGCAGCAGGCCCUGGAUACUCUUCCAGCGGAGUACAGACCGGCGUUCACUCUUUUGGAUGAAUUGUCCGCUCCCGAGGAGACAUCUCGGCUCAACUCAGCAGCAAUCUCGCUACCGCUGCGUACAGCACUGCAAAUCAUCCAGGUUAAUAUCCUGCGCUCACUUGGGAUAGAAUUUGCGGCUGUUGUUGGCCAUUCCUCUGGUGAAAUUGGUGCAGCCUAUGCAGCAGGUUGGCUGACUCUAAGAGAUGCCAUUCGGGUCGCCUAUUUGCGAGGAGUCGCAGCACAGUACGCUGGCUCUCAGGGGAAGUCUGGUGCUAUGCUAGCAGUUAGUACACCAUGGGAUCAGGCGGAUGCAAUGUGUAGCGAAGCGGCCCAUUCUGGUACAAUUGUCGUGGCUGCCUUCAAUUCUCCUACCAGUGUGACUUUCUCAGGCGACAGUGAGUUGAUCACUGAGAUGGAGUGGGUCAUAGAGAGUCUCGGCUAUUCUUCGCGGCGUUUGCGUGUCGAUACGGCUUAUCACUCUAGUCAUAUGAUACCAUGUGCUGAUCCAUAUGUUCGAUCAAUGAGACAGUGCCAGGUCCAGGGACGCAAAGGCUCAUCUGGCACCAAGUGGUUUUCCAGUGUCUUCGAGGGUCAAGUUAUGCAGAAUCUUGACAUCCAGUACUGGAGCGACAAUAUGCUUCGCCCUGUACUUUUCUCUCAGGCAUUGACAGCUGCCAUGACAGAACUUCCGGGAAUAGAUGCUAUCGUUGAGGUGGGACCCCAUGCUGCUCUUCAGGGGCCCACCAUGCAAACCUUGUCGACCAUCAAACCUGACGAAGCCGAUGUCCCUUACGUCGGAAUUUCUAAUCGCAAGUCUGGUGGUAUCGAAGCUUUAGCACUGGCGGUGGGCUCUUUCUGGGCAAGUCUAGGAGGUCAAACUCUGGAUGUCGUCUCAUACAUCCGGCUCUUUUCGCCGUCUAUGAAGUUUAACUAUCUAACUGAUCUUCCCACCUAUCCAUUUGACCACAGUCAAAGGUACUGGGCCGUCCCACGUCUAUCUAGUGCGCGCAUCAACCGUCGACACCCCAUCCACCCCCUCCUUGGCGCCCUUACCCCUGAAACUGGCGAUGCAGAGUGGCGCUGGCGUAACUUCUUGCGAGUGCAGGACUUGGAAUGGAUGGACGGGCACCAAGUACAAUCCCAAGUUGUAUUUCCCGCUACAGGAUAUCUCGUUAUGGCUCUAGAGGCGGCCCGUUUUGUUGCAGAUGAACGGCUGCUUCAACUCGUCGAGAUACGUGAACUUACCAUUGAUCGCGCGAUUACCGUACCUGAUAAUUCCUCCGGCGUCGAGACUCUGUUUACUUUCUAUCGGACAGAUGGAAAUGACCACAAAAUAGCUGGUGUAUUUACCUGCCAAUCGAGUCUCGAUGAUGAUUCCUUCCAUUGCUGUGCAUCCGGUCGCCUGGAGAUAACUUUUGGCGAGCCAGAUGCAACGCUCUUGCCAUCAUUGGGUCCGACACCCCCGGGAUUGCGCCCUGUGGAUUCAGACGAGUUCUACCAGCAACUAGAUGGCCUGGGGUAUGGCUACUCGGGUAUUUUUCGCACCCUUCAAGACAUCUGGCGUCGGAAGGACGUCGCAAAUGCCAAAUUACCGAUUCUCGACGUAGGUUCAGCGCUUCUGAUCCAUCCUGCUACGUUAGACACUGGCCUCCAGGCCAUAAUGGCGGCCAUGGGAGAUCCUAACGACGGCCAAUUAUCUGGCUUGUAUCUCCCCACUAGAAUCGCAAGCACAAUAAUUAACCCUUCGCUCUACCGCGUCAGCAGCGGGCAAACUCUCCGUGGCCCCUAUGAAGUAGCGGCCACAGUGUCCUGGACUGAUAACUCAGGCAUACGCGGCGAUAUCGAUCUGUUCGACAGUGAAGGUCAUGGUCUAGUCCAAAUAGAGGGUGUUGAAAUAUCUCCCCUUGCCCAGCCCAGUAUGGACGAUAUCAGGGCAUUCGCAGAACGUAAAUGGGGUCCUUUGCUGCCAAACGCAAUGCUCUCCAGGCCCCCUAGUCUCCCUGGCUGUUAUCUCGAGGUCAACCGCGUGGCUCUGCUUUACUUGAGGGACACGCAACAACAGCUGACAUAUGAAGAUCGUCAACAGCUGGAUUGGCACCGAGGCCGCUAUGUAGCCUGGAUGGAUAUGAUGUUGUCCAGGGUGCAGGCUGGCAACCAUCCCAAUUAUCCUGCAGAAUGGCUCCGGGAUGAUUACAUCUCUGUGGUCUCAGAAGAUCUGAAACAUGCGAUCAAAAACCACUUGGAAACCUUGGAGGUUGCGGGUCCGAAACUCAUAGGGUGGCUGCGUGGCCAAGUCAGCAUUAUGGAAGAGCUACGCCGCGACGAUCUCCUCACUCGAUUCUAUCAAGACUUCUGGUUUCGGAUGAUGACUUGCAGUCUCGCUGGUGUCGUAAGUCAAUUGUCCUUCCGGUACCCUCGCAUGAAGAUUCUUGAAGUUGGGGCUGGGACAGGCUCAGCGACACGGGAGGUGCUCGACCAAAUUGGACGAGACUAUCAUUCGUACACCUAUACCGACGUCUCUGCGGCCUUCUUCGAAGAAGCCCAAAGCGCUUUUGAAACGCACAAUGAUCGCUUCAUAUACCAAGUCUUGGAUCUAGAGCGGGAUCCAACAGAACAGGAUUUUGCCGAGCAUGCGUAUGAUCUGGUCAUCGCGAGCAACGUACUGCACGCUACCCGUUCCUUAACUAAAACCAUGACCCAUGUACGACGCUUACUGAAGCCCGGCGGAAGGGUUGUUGUGCUCGAGCUUAUUGACCCUGAAGAUGUUGUCAUUUCGACCAUUUUUGGCGGGUUUGAAGGAUGGUGGUUAGGAGAAAACGACGGUCGCCCCUGGGGACCUAUGGUCUCCAUUGAUACCUGGGACGAGGUGCUCCGAAACGCGGGCUUUGGGGGGGUGGAAACAUGUUCUUCUCCAGAAGUCAGAGAACAGGUGGGACUUUCGGUCUUUAGCUCCCAGGCCGUGGAUGAUCACAUUUUGAAGUUGCAGAAACCGCUUUUGGUGCCCGCCACGGGACAAUACCCAGAUCUUGUCCUACUUGGGGGUGCCUCUCCACGCACAGAACGUCUACUCGCUGGGGUCCAGGAUCUCGUGGCACCCUUUUUCGCUCGUAUCAGCCAUUCGGCCACGCUUGAAGACUUCGUCCCUCCACCCAAUGCAUCUUUAUUGUCCGUUUUGGUUUUGUCCGACAUAGACACCCCUUGCUUGCAAGAUUUUUCUGCGAACCGUCUGCACAGCCUACAGGCGCUGUUUGGGGCUGCUGGGAAGCUUCUCUGGGUUGCGGCUGGCAAGCCCGGCGAAAACCCCUAUCAGGCCAUGACUAAAGGAAUUUUACGCUGUUUGUCUUACGAGAUUCCACAUGCCCUACUCCAGCACCUCACUGUCGAUGACUGGGAAACGGUUGAACCCAAUAUCAUAGCUACAGCACUCAUGCGGCUUGUUCAUACGGAAGCCUAUAAUGACUAUAGCCUCGCUGACUGUACCGAGAAUCCGGAAUGGGAACUUCGAUUCGAAGACGACAUGAUGAUGAUCCCUAGGCUGAAGGCUAGUCCCACGAUGAACCGACGACUUCUUACUAGUCGUGGCUUUGCCAGUAGAGAGCAUGUGGAACCCAAAUUGACGCCUGUGAAUGUCGUUUCUGAUAACACGGAAGCCGCCCUGGUCUCAUUACCCCAAAAGACACUGCCAGGCCAGAUGGUCCAUGUGCAUAAUAAAGACAUUGUCUACAUUCGGGUCCACUAUGCCACUAUUUCCACGGUUUACGUGGAGUCUGUUGGCUUUGCGUACCUAGUUUUAGGACAAGACCAGAAGACACGCACACGAGUUGUGGGGUUGUCUAUUAACCACGCCUCGGUCGUUUCCACUCCAGCAUCCUGGUGUUGGAACGCUCCCAGCUGGCUCCCAGAACAAGACGAAGCUGCAUACUUAAGCGAAGUUGCUACGGCCCUGGUUGCCCGUGAUCUGGUUAGCAAAACCCCAUCCAACACUGUUCUGCUUCUGGACGGAGCUACCGCAUCUCUUCAAGAAUCGGUGGCUGCAAUGGCCUCCAUGAAAGGUGUCAGAGUACGGUAUAUCACAAGCACCGAGGUCGCCCGAAAGCGUUCAACCACGCUUGUCAUUCCACCCCGUAGCUCAUCACGUGCAAUCUCGCGCCUGUUACCUGCUGGGGUUUCGGUUUUCGCCAGUUUGAGGUCUGAAUCAGACACUACCAUUGCCCGAAUUAGGUCGGCGUUGUCUCCUGCAGUGGCGACCUAUAGCUUGUCCGCACUCUACGGCGGCUUGCCAGUCUCAGGGCCAGAGGGCGAAGGGGGCUUCUGCACAAAUAUCCUGGCAGCAUCCUGCAUUUUUGCGGAACAACAAACCUCCUUGCGGUCGACUGUUGUCACGAUCAAUCCAGAGGACAUUCCCUCUUACUCCCUAGGCAGUGGCCACUCCAUCAUCGUUGACUGGCUGAAUUCAGGGCCUGUGUUGGCAUACCCCUUAUCUGCUAGCUCUUUAGUAAACUUGAACUCCCACAAGACCUAUUUGCUAGUUGGUAUGACGGGUGAUCUUGGGCGAUCGGUGUGCCACUGGAUGAUUAGCCGUGGAGCCCGUUACUUGGUUUUAACCAGUCGAAAUCCUAACAUCGAUCCUUGCUGGGUCGAAGAGAUGACGGCCCUUGGGGCCCACGUCGUCGUCAAGGCCAUGGACGUAUCGGACCGUGCCUCUGUUUUACAUGUACACAACUACAUCAUGACAGAGCUCCCACCAGUUGGGGGUGUUGUAAACGGCGCAAUGGUCCUCCGGGAUGUCGCUUUUGAUAAAGCAUCGCUGGAAGAUGUGGCCACUGUCCUGGGGCCCAAAGUGAAGGGCAGUCAGAUAUUGGAUGAACUCUAUCACGGUGAAAAUUUAGACUUCUUCAUCUUGAUGGGUUCGUAUACCGGUAUAGCCGGUAACUUCAACCAGUCUAUGUAUGCCGCAACAGCGGUUUACAUGGAGGAUCUCGUGCUUCAGCGACGGCUCCGUGGCCAGGUCGGCAGCAUUGUCUUUCCAGCUGAAGUGCGCGGCAUUGGCUAUGUUGCUCGCAUGGGAACACAGACUAGAGAACACCUUGCAAAAACUGUUGGAAAAUCGAUAUUAUCCGAACGUGACCUGUUGGAAUUGUUUGCAGAGGCGAUUCUGGCCGGUCGGCCUGACUCUGACCGGGAUCCGGCUAUUAUCUGCGGUCUUGCUAUGACUGACCCUGCAGAAUAUCCCGACGUGAUAUGGUUCAAAAACCCUAGCCUCUGGUCCUACAUUCAGUAUUCUCGACAGUCGCAGGCUCGGGACGGUAAGCAGGAGCAAAUCCCCAUCAAGGCGCAGCUGCAGUCGGCAAGUAGCUUAACCGAAGCGGCCGAGAUCAUUGCUGCGGGCUUCUCUAGAAAACUUGAGCGCAAGCUACAACUGCCUCGAGAUUCCGAGCUACCUGGGGCAGCCUUGUUAUCUGAUUUCGGCAUAGAUUCACUCAUCGCGGUCGAUCUGCGGGUCUGGUUCGUCAAAGAGUUAGGAGUGGAUAUGCCGGUGCUAAAGCUGCUAGGAGGGUUGUCUAUCGAUGCCCUGGCGCAAGAUGCGGCUGGACAGCUGGACCCAGCACUGCUGCCGCAGGUGCAGGCAUAA